UCUGAUGGCAGUUUAGAAUUGGACCUAUCUUCUGUGUACAGAAAUGGUAGUAAGUCAGAAACUGAUUUGACAAAAAUUGAAGAGUCAACACUGGCCAGAAACAAGGCAUCGUAUAAAGUGCUAAUCCAGCAGCUGGAAGAAUUGAGCAUGAUGAGACACGACAGGAAAUUUAGGAAGCUUUACAGUCCUGAACCAGAUUCUGAAGAAGUGACAAAAAGGAACUCAACAAACCACCACACCAAACAAGUCUCUAUCAGCAGGAGCAGAGGAUAUUCAAGAGAGGGACCUGGAAAAAAUGAGAGAGAAAUUUUAAUAAUUUCUGAUCAGGAGAAAUUCAAACACUUGUCCAACAGCCUGACAACCUUAGAUCCACUUAGAAGAGUGGAUGAACUUUCGGGAUUCUGCUCCAACAUGUCUACUCUGAACAGAGAUCAAAGAGGAAUAAUGCUGGAAAGUGACUGCCACAAAGUUGAAAGUAAGCCUAUUGACAACUUUCGUUACAGCACGGCGCCUAUUAACAUCAGGAGAAAUAACCGGAAUUUUUUUUUCCCCCUUUGGAUAUUGAAACCUGCUGAAAAUAAAACAAAUUAUUUGGAGAUUGAUCAGUCAGAAACCUUUCCUCCAAGUUGCUACCAGCGACCAUGUUUAGACUUUAGACCAGAGGUUAUCGACCCUGAGAUUCUAUCUCCUAGCUCAAACCAUGACCAAGAAACCAAUCUGUACCCCUACCCUGACUUUCUCCCGCCACCAUUCAAUAGAAUAGACUUCAGUGAGCUGUCGAUGUUAGAGGACUAUAAAUGGAAAGAAGCUCUACCGGCAAGGCCAAACAGACCUCUGGAACAGCUAAUAGAUCGCAUUGUGCAGAUGGAAAAGAUUCAGUUUAUGACAAUUCAGAAGGAGAAAGGCAAAAUUGCUGGGAUGUUGCCGAGCACGGCUGCGAACACUUCCAGCUCGAGGAAAAGUUCGAAGAGAAGCAGAAAAUCUCGACAAUGUGAUCUUCUUUGCGUGCAGCCACCUCAUGUCGAGGUUUGCUUUAAGAAAGCCACUCCUGGCAAACUUGAAAAACGCAAGUACUUGUACCGAAUAGGCUCCAGCCACUCUUGCGAUGAAUCCCCGGAUUUCCAAUUAACUAACGAUGAUGUGAAAUUCAAGAGGAGACUUAGAGCGAACUGCAAUGUGUAUAAACAUUUCAAAAGAUCCAUGUACAGUUCAAACCAGAUAAUAUUGAGUAGGACCGCCUCAAACUACGCCAACACUCAAGCCUUCGCUGCUGUGAAAUCUGUGAAGCCACUGCCCGGGCAAAAGUCUUCGGGCAACAGUCCCUGUAAGUACAAAAAGAAACAGAAAUAUAUCCAAGCAGCAUUAGGGAGGUCUGCAGAAGGCAGAGCAAAACACUGUUUUCUCAGCAGAGAAAGUCAUUAAUUGAUUCUUCUGUCCUGAGAAACACCACUAGUCAUGUUAUCAAACUUACCUGCUCAUUUUCUGAGGCAUCUAGGCCAAGCAAACCAAACUUUGCUUUUAACAAACUUUUAGAACAAAAUAGUAUACUUUUUAAAGAAAACUUAUAUAAUGUACUUUUGAAACUGGAAAUAAAGAUGAAUUUUAAUACUUUAAAA